CGGUGCUUCACAGAGGUGCACUUUUACGUCACUCAGACUACCAGAUGUGUUAAUUAAACGCUGACAGCAAUAGUGUCGCUUCUAUCAGGCGCAUUAAACUCGACGUAUCUUUAACCGACAGUGCCAGUUUUGGAAACUAAAGGUGUUUUUGUUGAACUUUGGCCGCGUUAAGUUGUUCAAGCAGGCACAGCAAGGUGUCCCGAGCGAAGGACUCCUGGAAGAGGGGAGGAUUUUUCCUUGAGCCACUUCUCCGUUGUUGGUUUUGUGGGAGUAUGACUGCUGUCAUGCACAGUUUUAAGACAUUUUCUCUGCCAGAAAGCAGAAAGUAAGCUUAUGCUACCCUUCAUCCUCCUCGCUGGAUAUCUAUGGAGAGGGUGUCCUGUAUGCUCUCACGCAGCUCUUGGAGUUACUCGCGGCCGAGACAGCACCGUGAAUGUUGAAUUCACCGACCUGGAUAGCAGAAGAAGACACACUUAACCUCAUUUGAAUGCCUUUGCAAGGAGUUUGCUGGUUUCUGUGCUGCAGGCAGGGCUUCAGUUUGCUCGGACGGGGAGACUAUGGGGAGAAAGAGGAGGAAGAGUCUUUUGAAUUGCGCAACAAGGAGGACUUGACUCCCAAUGGACGGAGUCCAGCUGAAGUGACUGUUUCUCAACCAACUUGCACAGCCAAUGGAACUAAUGGGCACACUGUCUCAGAGACAUCUGAAGAGAUGAAGAGCCUGAUCAUCGAGAAGAAUAAGAUGGGCCUGGAGGAAGAGCCUGAGCUGCUUGUCAAAGGGUGGCUGUUGCGGGAGGUGCGAGGCAACUGGAUCAAGCAGCGUCGGUACUGGUUUGUGCUAAGCCAGGACUCCCUCGACUACUACACCGGACCAGAGAAAGGAUCCCGCAGACUGGGCACGCUGGUCCUCACCAACCUCUGCUCUGUUAUCUGGCCAGACAAGCAGACAUACAAGGAAACGGGCCACUGGAGCAUCACAGUGUAUGGGCGGAAGCACUGCUACAGGCUGUACACCAAGCACUUCAACGAGGCUGUGCACUGGGCUUGUGCCAUCCAGAAAAUCAUUGAUACCAAAGCACCAGUGGAAACACCAACACAGCUACUCAUUCGAGACAUUGAGGAGAAUAAGUUCAACCCUGAGGUAGUGGAGCACAUCUACCAGCACAAUCCCAUCCUGAAGUACACCCAGGGCCCCCUGUACGCUCCUCUGCUGCCCUUCCCCUACGGCAGCUUGGAGCACACAUACCACAGCGGGAAAGGCUACGGCUCAGUGCGCGAGGAGGCCGUGAAGCUCUUUAAUUGCCUGCAGCAGCUUGAAUCAGCACGGGAGCCGGUGCCCAUCAUCCAGGGUGUGCUGCAGACCUGCCUGGACCUGCGGCCUCUCCGCGAUGAGGUCUACUGCCAGCUAGUGAAGCAGACCAGCUACACGCCUGCCCCGUACACUGCUGCACACCUCCGCUACUGGCAGCUUCUCACCUGCAUGAGCUGCACUUUCCUGCCUGGGCCAACUGUGCUCAAGUACCUGCGAUUCCACCUCAAGAGGAUCCAGAGCCAGAGUCCCGAGUCUGAGAUGGAUAACUAUGCGUCAUUCAUCAGUGAGGCUCUUGAGAAGACCAAGUGUCGGGAGUGUGUGCCAUCCUGGGAGGAGAUCCAGAUGCUCAUGAGCCGACAGGAGAUGCUGUGCACUGUGCACUAUCCUGGCCCCUUAUCCUGCCAGCUGUACAUCAGCUCACACACUACUGCCAAUGAGGUGGUUCGAAGGAUGCAGGAGAAGCUCGGCCUGCAAGACAGCAAAAACACGUUUGCACUGUACGAGCAGAAUGCACUGUGGGAGCAGCCGGUUGCAGGCAGCGCUCUGAUCGCAGACAUCCUGACCAGCCUCUCAGCCAAAGAGUCAGAGACUAAAUCCCAGUGGAAACUGUGUUUCAAGCUCUACUGCCUGUUGGAUGCCGACAGCAUAUCAGUGGACAGCAUUGAGUAUCUCUUCCUCUUUGAGCAGUGCCAUGAGAUGGUGGUGCGUGGCCAGCUGCCAGCCUGUGAAGAGGACCUGCAGGCCUUAGCUUCCCUGAGGCUUCAGUGUCUGAUGGGCGACUUCAGCACACACGCACCCUGCCCGCCUCUGGACGAGCUCUUCCCAAGUCACGUGCUUGAAGCUCGAGUCCUCAUGUCCCUUUCUGCACCCCAAGCUCUGCCGCCUUGUCAGGUGGCUGCUCAGGGCUGCCACACAACGCAGCGCUUCCCCACAGGCCUCCUGGCAGGGACGCUGUGGAGCCACACAGCCACAGCAGCGCACAAGCAAAAAGUGGAGCAGGACUUGCGCCUGCGGAGCCGGCUGAAGGAGGAGGCAGCGGCUGUCAUGGGAUCCAUCUUGGAGCGUUGGAAAGGUCUCGCUGGCUAUAGCCGCAGGGACAGUAUGGCUGCCUACCUCACAAUUGCACGCCAGUGGUCGGGCUUUGGAUGCACUCUUUACGAAGUGGAUUUUUAUAUUAGUUCGACAGGGAGUUUUUCCCAGAAGUUGUGGCUGGGUGUUGCCGCUACAUCCGUGUCUCUGUAUCGGCAGGGAGAGGCAGAGGCCCUGGAGUCCUUCCCUUAUGGCCAGAUCUGUUCUUACGGCGUAUCGGAUAGCAACACUUUCAAGAUCACAGCUGGGGAUCGGGAUCUACUGUUUGAAACCACAAAGCUGACUGAGAUCAUGCAGCUGAUGAAUGCGUAUUUCAGUGCCAUCCGUCGCCAGCGAGGGAAAGGGGAAGAUGCUGACAUCAGCAUCACAGACAGCACAGAGGUGGGAUUCCAUCACCUGGCCUCGACACACACACCCACACUCCUGGAGCUGCCCUCGCACCCAGUUUGAGAGGGACCCAUACCCGGACACCCCCAACCCCCCACCGUCCUCCUCCACGUGGCCCCUAUGAGGCCCUGCCCCAGUCCUCAGGACACCACGCCUCCUCCACUGGGAACGGCACGGCAGCCAAAACAAAGAGAGGGCUGUUUUCGCUCCCCAUCCGUGAAAAUAAACCCUCGCUGAGCUUUCCAGCUGAAGGAGCUGGCCGUUGGAGGAGGGGAGGGGACUGGAAGGCAAGGGGGUUCUGUUUUGCAAGUGAGGCCAGAAACCCACAGAAACCAAUGUGGUUUCUGAUGAGCUGUCACACACCCUCCUCCCCAUCCUGUCACGCAACCACCUCUGUUACCCUACAUGGCAACAACCCCCCCUUGACAAUGUGAGACGUUGGCGGAGACGUUAGUGUGAGCCUUGCGACAUCUGGGAGAGAUAGCAUCACAAGAGUUAGGACUUAUGGCAACGAUAAGCUGUGGUACUCCCCUCAUGAAGGUAUGGCUUAGAGUGAAAACACUACUCUAUGUCUUCUCUCUUUCUCUCCCUCUCUCUCGAAGUGUGCCAUAUUUGUAUUGCCUUUCCUAGAAGGCAGUCGUCCCUCAUGCACUGCUGGAAUAGUGUUGAGAACAUUCAGUGACACACACACACACCCUCCCCUGUCUUCGGCUGUCUCUCUUUUACACACACAUACACACUCACACUCUCUCACGUGCCCCGAUGCUGACAUGUUCAUCAGAGACGGUCAGUUUUCAUAAGGUCCCGGCCGGGUUUGCAUUACCUGGAACUGUUGAUGCAGUGAGCCAUGUGAACUUGGAACUGGAAACAGAUGUUGAACUCUGUAGCUAAGUCACUUUGGCUGCCAUUGCCAUAUAGACUCUUACCUAUGGGAUUAUUAGUGUGUGUGGGUGUGUGCGUGCGUGCUACCGUGCGUGCUAACGUGCGUGCUACCGUGCGUGUGUGUGUGUGUGUGUGCGUGUGUCUGUUUGAUCAAGAAAUCCAUUUCCUGGAUUACACAUUCAGGAUCUGAGUUAACUGUGUCUCACAGAAACCAAAGGAUUUUUGAGCUGUGUCUACGCUGUUUCCACCAAAUGCUCUCAUGUGUCCUUUUGUUGUGCUGCUUGUCUUGGCUGUAAUCCUCGACACGAAACUUGGUUAACACUUGACUGAUGGAAUAAUUUUGCAUAUGUCAGUUACUAUCCUAAUGCAGCUCUACCCUGCUGAAAAUAACAGGUGCUUUUCUGUUUAUUAUUGUUAUUUUCACAAUGUAUAUAGAAUGGAAGAAAUUAUACUUACAGUACACAUAAAACCCCCUAGUCAGAGAUCUGGAUCUGAAGUGAUGUCAUAUUUACCAUUUCCCAUAUGUCCCCUGCAGCAGUGUGUUGCUACAAUAGCAGAAAAAGAAAAACAGAUCAAUAUCAUUAUCAUAUUAUAAAAUGAAAAGUUUGUCGUAACAAGAUAUUUUAAUGUUAUUACAACAUACGUAACAAGACACUUCUCCUAACUAUGCUAUUUAUGUUAUAAUUUCAUUCAUUUGCAUUUCACAUAAUAAUGAGAUAAUAAUGAGACUUACUAACUUACAUUCUUAUAACAUGAAACGUUUCAAGUUCCCCUCAAGCUGAUCAAUGAGAAAGACACAAGUUUUAUGUUAUAACCAUAUUAGUUAUCACAUUAUAACGUAAAACAUUUUAUGUUAUAACAUUAAAUUAUUACUUUAUAACAUGCAACGUUCGACAGUAUAACAAGAUUAACAGUAUAUUGCUAUACCAAGAAAAGUUUGUUGUUAUAACACAAGCCCCCAAGAUCAGCGCCAGGCUUUAAAGAUGAUUUUUUAAGUGGCCAGGUGGGUCCAUCACAUGAUGCUGUUGGACCCAAUACUUGUUUCCAUAGACUUACAUUCUGAAAGUGAUGUCUGUCUAUCAGUGGAUAUAUUUUUUUGAUUCACAACCCCAACAAAAUGAGUUGUGUCACAAUUGGUAUUGGAUCCAUUCAGUCUGAUAACAUUUACAAAGUCGUCAAGAGCUGAACGAUUUAAGUUUCUGGUGCUUUUGCUUCAUGGGCUCAAUGAUGCAGAAGUUCCACUUUUUGACUUUAUGCACAACUUAUAGAAGAAUGAAUGUGGCCCUGCCUCCAACGCUGUAUCAAGUUCUCUUUAUACAUCCAGUGUUCUAACGUGAUGAAUUUGUACGUGAACAACCUGAAAACAUCUUGUUAUAACAUGAAAAACUUGUUAUAACAAACUUUUCACGGUGUAACAUGAUAUUGAUCGAUUUCAUUUUUCUGGCGUGGCAGCACUAUGCUUCCAUUGUAACCUUCUGUUUAAAGAGAAACCUUUUUAAUCAGGCCAUGGAUACUUGUGUAGUAUUAUUUAUGCAAACUUUUUUUGAACUCUUCUUUAUGUCUUAAACGCAGACCCAGACGUGUUUUGAUACAAGGUUAACCAAAAUCCAUGGUUCUGCUCCUUAAAGCAGUUCAGAUGUGUAAAUCCUGUGUAGCUCCGUCUUUGUGCUCACUGUUCUGAGUGUUCUUAUGAAGCCAAAGUUUCGCCAAGUCAUGGGUUUGAACAUGGACCAAAGAUGUGUGUGUUCUGUUUUUUUUUAAAUAAGCUUUUCUAACAAGAAUUUAUCCCAAAGCAGACGGAUCCCCCAAUUUGUAUUUGAUGGUUUUCACAUUUACUUAUUUUUCUUUAAACUUGAAUGUCAGAAAAAUAUGAAGACAUCCUGUUGUUUUAUACACCCUAUUUUAAUGUAGUAGAUGAGACCAUAGAUAGGCUUUGUAAAUAUCAUUUUAGAGUACUGUCUUCUACAAAACUCCAUGUGAUAACCAGCCUCAAGACUUAAAUCUUCUCACCAUGAAAGGCCUUGACGAGUCAUUGCAGUCAGCCCCGUCUCCUGCCCAGAAGCAGGUCUUAGCUUUUUCUACUGCAGCUGCAGGCAGCUCCGAGCUACAAAUAUGAAAAGAAAAUAAAUCAAACUGCAGAUGAUGUUGCUUUGUAUUAAGCUUGUUUGUACGCUGCAUGGUACCUUUUUAUGUAAUGUGUAUAGUUAAUUGCACUAUUGUUUGUUUUUAACUAACUUGGAAGUGCAAUAAAAACUAUAAAUACUGUAUGUAAUUAAUAAAAAACAGCACCAUUUUACCAUAUUUA